GUUUGAUUGACGGAGCGGCUCCACCUGCUCGUUCUGUGCACAGUCCGUCGAUCCCGUAUGUGCGUGAUUCACCUGCUCAGACGCUCAUGAAGAUCCGCCGAAGUUUAACACGGGUCGGUCUGAAAGUGUUUUAUUCCCGUCUGGAUGAGUCAUUGUGUCUGUUCUGGACAUUUAAUCUGUAGCUAUUGCACAUGAUCACUGCUGGAAUGACACACUCUCUCUGAACAGUAGUAACUCAGGAACUGGUGAAACAGGUGCAGAAGAUCUUCAUGAUGGAUGAAAGUGCUGUGAAUGUGUCGAAUGUGAAAGUGGCGGUCCGGGUGCGACCCAUGAACAGGAGAGAACGAGACUUAAAGACAAAAUGUGUUGUGGACAUGGAAGGAAACCAGACCAUCCUGUACCCGGCCAGUGGAAACCUGGGAAAGGGCGACAGCAGGAGCAAACAAAAGGUUUUCGCGUAUGAUUAUUGCUUCUGGUCUAUGGAUGAGGCAGAGGCGGCCAAAUUUGCAGGUCAGGACGUGGUGUUUCAGUGUCUUGGAGAGAGUCUUUUGGACAGCGCUUUCCAAGGAUACAAUGCCUGUAUAUUUGCAUAUGGGCAAACAGGCUCUGGAAAGUCGUACACGAUGAUGGGAACGGCGGAGCAGCCGGGUCUGAUCCCACGCCUGUGCAGUUCUCUGUUCCAGCGCACCGUACAGGUGCUAAGGGAGGGCGAGAGCUUCACCGUGGAGGUGUCCUACAUGGAGAUCUACAACGAGAAGGUGCGAGACCUUCUAGAUCCCAAAGGGAGCCGGCAGGCAUUGAGGGUCCGGGAGCAUAACGUGUUGGGGCCAUAUGUAGAUGGUCUGUCCCGCCUCGCUGUGACCAGCUACAAGGACAUCGAGUCUCUGAUGUCGGAGGGGAAUAAAUCCCGCACUGUGGCGGCGACGAACAUGAACGAAGAGAGCAGCCGCUCGCACGCCGUCUUCAACAUCAUUCUGACGCACACGCUCCGAGACCUGAAGACAGGGACGAGUGGAGAGAAGGUGAGUAAACUCAGUCUGGUGGAUCUGGCCGGAAGUGAGAGAGCUGAUAAAACUGGAGCUGGAGGAGAAAGACUCAAAGAAGGAAGCAACAUUAACAGGUCCCUCACCACUCUUGGACUGGUGAUCUCUGCUUUGGCGGAGCAGGGUGCAGGAAAAAACAAGAGUAAAUUUGUUCCUUACAGAGACUCAGUGCUCACAUGGUUACUGAAGGACAGUUUAGGAGGAAACAGCCGCACAGCUAUGGUUGCAGCGGUGAGUCCAGCGGCCGACAACUACGACGAGACUCUGUCCACGCUUCGGUACGCAGACCGGGCCAAAAGCAUCGUUAAUCACGCCGUGGUUAAUGAAGAUCCUAAUGCCAGAAUCAUCAGAGAGCUGAGAGAGGAGGUGGAGAAACUCCGCAGCCAGCUCACCGAGGCUGAGUCAAUGAAAGCUCCGGAGCUCAAAGAGAGACUGGAGGAGUCAGAGAAGCUGAUCCAGGAGAUGACCGUGAGCUGGGAGGAGAAACUCAGGAAGACUGAGGAGAUCGCGCAGGAGCGACAGAAGCAGCUGGAGAGUUUGGGAAUUUCUCUGCAGUCGUCUGGGAUCAGAGUCAUUGAUGAUAAAUGCUUCCUGGUCAACCUGAACGCAGACCCCGCCCUCAACGAGCUGCUCCUCUAUUACUUAAAGGAACACACUCGUGUGGGUUCUGCAGACUCUCAGGACAUUCAGUUGUGUGGUCUUGCAAUUCAACCGGAGCAUUGUGUUAUAGACAUCAAACUAGAGACGGGAGUCACGCUCACCCCGAAGAGAAACGCUCGCACAUUUGUGAACGGCGCUGUGGUCUCGUCCCCCGUCCAGUUGCAUCAUGGGGAUCGAAUCCUCUGGGGAAACAACCACUUCUUCAGGCUCAGCGUGUCGAAUGCGUAUCGUGUUGGUGUUGAGGAUGAGGAGGGGUGUACGACGAAGGCUCUGGAUGUGGAUGUAGACCGUCUCAGUCACGCCUCCAGUGACAACAGCUUCAGUUUUGAGUCGGCCCAGACAGAAGUCAUGAUGAAAGCACUGGGAAACGACGAGCCGCUGCAGUCGAUGCUUUACUCUCUGGAGCGCAGGCAUGAGGAGGAGAAGCGCUCGGCUCUGGAGCGACAGCGGCUGAUAUACGAGCAGGAGCUGCAGCAGCUGCGCAGACGUCUGUCCACAGAGCUGCAGACGCAGCAGCAGCAGCAGCUCAACACCAGCCUGGGGUCGUCUCCGAGCCCACUGCGCCAGUCCACUGACGAGAGGGAAGCUUUGAUGAAUCAAAGUCUGCGCAAGCUGAAAGAGCAGAUCGUGAAGGCCAAUCUGCUGGUUCAGGAGGCUGGAUUCAUCGCUGAAGAGCUCAACAAGAAAACCGAAUAUAAAGUCACACUGCAGAUCCCGGCUGCCAACCUCAACGCCAACCGCAAGCGGGACACGGUUCUGAGCGAGCCGGCCGUGGAGGUCCGGAGGAAGGGCAAAGGGAAGCAGAUCUGGUCCAUAGAGAAGAUGGAGAACCGGCUGGUGGACAUGAGAGAGCUCUACCAGGAGUGGAAAGACUACGACGAGGACGAUCCUGCCAUGCGUUCGUACUUCAAGCGUGCCGAUCCGUUCUUCGACGAGCAGGAGAACCACAGUCUGAUCGGUGUGGCAAACGUCUUCCUGUCCUGUCUGCUGUAUGACGUCAAGCUGCAGUACACGGUGCCCAUCAUCAACCAGAAGGGAGAGGUGGCGGGUCGUCUUCACGUAGAAGUGGAGCGUCUGAGUGGAGACCUGGAAGAGCGUGAGACAGGAGGCUCUGAGAGCAGUCCAGACGGAGAGAUGCAAGAUCGCAAACUCACCUGCAUGAUCAAGGUGUUGCAGGCGACUGGAUUGCCUCAGCACCUCUCAAACUUCGUUUUCUGUCAGUAUCAUUUCUGGGAGCAGCAGGAGCCGGUGUUUAUCGCUCCAGAAGUGGGUCUGACGGCCCCCAGCAGCAGAGAGCCGCAGACUCUGGUGCUGUUUGACAAAUGCAAGACUCUAGAAGUGACCGUGACUGAAGACUUUCUGGAGUUUCUGAUGGACGGUGCAUUGGCUGUUGAGGUUUAUGGUCACAAACAGGCAAAUCCACGCAGGAAUCUGGCUCUCUGGGACCUGGGGGUGAUUCAGGCAAAGACUCGCUCUCUCAGAGAGAGGUGGAGUGAAGUGACGCGCAGGCUGGAGCUCUGGGUUCAGAUCCUGGAGCUGAAUGAUGCUGGAGAGUUUGUGCCGGUGGAGGUUCAGCCAGCUAAGGACGUCUGCACAGGAGGAAUCUUUCAGCUCAAACAGGGUCAGUCCAGGCGUGUUCAGGUGGAGGUUCGUUCGGUCCAGGACUCCGGCACCAUGCCUCUAAUAACUGAGUCUGUGCUCAACGUCUCCAUCGGCAAUGUGGAGGUCCAUCAGACUCGAUCUGGCAAAAGCACAGAGACCCAGAGGGUGGGAGAUAAAGAUGUGGACAGUUAUCAGGAGGUUGAUCUGGAGAGACUGAGGGUCCGGUGGCUCACGGCUCUAACUGGACGACAGGAAUAUCUGGACCAACGUCUACAGAAACUUGUCGGCAAGCAAGAUAAGUCCGAAGAGGAUGUGGAGAGCGAGUCGCAGCUGCUGGAGUGUCGUCUGACGCUGACAGAGGAGAGAAACGCUGUGCUGGUGCCCUCUGCUGGCAGCGGUAUCCCAGGAGCCCCGGCGGAGUGGGCUCCUGUUCCAGGAAUGGAGACCCACAUCCCUGUCAUCUUCCUGGACCUCAGCGCUGAUGAUUUCUAUGAUCAUCUGUCCGCUCCUCUCGCUGGAGGUCUGGAUGCUGCGCUCGACAGAGAAGAUAAAGAUGAUUUCAUGGACUUACAGAUCGUCAAACACUAUCAGAAUCAGGUGAAGGCAGAGGCAUCAUGGGACUGCACCGUUCAUGACAGCCCUGAGCUGAAUCGAGCGACGGGGCCGGAUCACAGGAUUUACCUCACCAUCCGUGCCAUCGUUCUGCUCAGUCAUCCCGCGCACAUGCAGCUGGUGCUACGCAAGCGCAUCUGUGUGAACCUCACCGGACGACAGGGUUUUGCUCAAAGUCUGCUGAGGAGAAUGUCUCACCGCAGCUCUGUUCACAGCUGUGGACUCACGUUUGAGAUCGUCUCAAAUAUCCCAGGGGACAUUCAGAGCUCUGAAGACCGAGAGAUGCUCGCCCGACUGGCUGCCAGCACCGAAAACCCAGGAGCCGAGAGUGAAGCCGCCAUCGAGAAAUACCUGCGGAGUGUGUUAGCGGUGGACAACAUCCUCACGCUGGACCGUCUCAGACAGGAGGUUUCGGUGAGGGAGCAUUUGAAAGAUAAAGGAAAGCUUCCCAAACGCUGCCUCAGUUCAUCCAGUGUACACCGGCUCUCUGGCAGUAGGAAAGAUCUGUCCAGCAGCCAAGACUCAGAAGACAACAAAAGUGGCUGGGACAGUCGGCAGGACAUUUCUACACUAACAUCAGCCACAAAGAGUCCAUCUCACUCAGCGUCAGUAGAAAAUCAAAAACCAGAGCCAGGUCUCUCAGGAUUUGCUGCAUCUUAUUUCUCCCCAGUGAAAGCUAUAGUAUCUCCAGUACCCAAGAUGUUCAAGACUCUGUUAUCCAAAAAAGAGGAGAAGAAAGAGACGCCGCCUCCUGGUGUCUUUGAGCAGAACGUGCCACGUAUUAUUGUGCAGUCUGCCAGUCUUGAAGACAUCAACAGCUAUGAACUGGCUCCACAGGGUCCAUCAAAAGAAACCACUCAAGACAGCCAAUCAGAAUCUGCUUCCUUUGUGCCCAUUUUUCCGGUUAUUCCUGAUAAAGUAAAGACCACUAAAGCAUCCACCAUAUCCUCAGAAAACCUGUCUGACAUCCAGAUAAGCCAUGCUAUGGAAACUCCAAAUUCAGAAAAUGAUGAUGAGAUUCUACUUCAUCAAGAAGUUGAGGUUACACCUCUUUCUGUUCCUCCAGUGGUUGAGGAAGUUCUACCUUCUAAUCUUUCUCCAGAGGUUGAGGUUCCACCUCUUAAUUCUCCUUCAGAUGCUGAGGAGGUUCUACCUCGAUCUGUUCCUCCAGUAGAUGAGGUUGAGUUUCUACUUACAUCUGUUCCUCCAGAGGUUGAGGUUCCCCCUCCUAAUUCUACCUUGGAUGCUGAGGAGGUUCUACCUGCAUUUGUUCCUCCAGUAGAUGAGGAAGUUCCAGCUCCUAAUCCUCCUUUAGAGGCUGAGGAGGUUCUACCGUUAUCUGUUUCUCCAGAGGAUGAGGAAGUUUUAUCUCCACCUGUUUCUACAGAGGUCAGAGAUGCUCCACCUCUUUCUGUUUCUCCAGGACUCAAAGAGUCUCUAUCUCCUAUUCCUCCAUUGGAGAUUAAGGAGAUUUCACCUCCUGCUCCUAUAGAGGUUGAAGAACCCAAGCAAAGUCCAGUUGGUGAUUCAACAAACAGCUCCCUCAGCGAUGUCUCAAGUGGAUACAUCUCCACAAGUCUCUCCAUAGUGACUCUCUCAGAGGCCUUGAAUGUUGAUCCUCCUCUCAUCGACAGCACAGAGGCCAAAAUAGUCUCUUCUUCCAAAAAGAGUGAACCAAAAACAGAGUUUGUGCCAACAAGCAGCACAUCCCCAGAGCAUCAGUCAAAACUUGAACCAGUCGACCUAGAACUUGGAGAACAGCCACCUACAGAAUCCCAGACAUCAGAAGAACAUGGUCAAGUGUCUCUUCUAGAUACAUCUCCUGAAAAACUCCUCAGUGUUUCUGAUUCCUUACCUCAAGAAGCCUCUGGAGCCAACGUCUCUUCAUCUGGCCAAUCAUCUUGUUCAGCCCCAUUAGUACUAUCUACACCAUUAGCACCACCAGUUGCCUCAAAAACAGCUGAUCCAUCAGUACCAGUAAAGCAAGCUAAGCCAUUAGUGCCUACCCAGCAAUCAAGACCUGAACAAAAUGUCAAACUCACUCCUGCUCCAACCUCCAACCCUUUCCAAAUACACAGAGUCAAGACCUCUGGCUUAAAGUCUUUCAAAGGGAUCCUGAAUGAAGAAGAUGAAGAGGGUAAAACUAAACAAAUUAACUUUUCAUCUGCACUGAGCGAGUCUCAAGAAAGACUGGAGAUCAUUUCUGAUUCAGAGGAAAGCCUUGAGACUCCCGACUGGCUGAAGGAGGGGGAAUACGUCACCGUGGGCACCAAUAAAACUGGAACAGUCCGUUACGUAGGACCAACUGACUUUGCAAAGGGUGUUUGGGUUGGAGUGGAACUUGAUGUUCCAGCAGGUAAAAACGAUGGUUCGGUUGGGGGUCGCCAUUACUUCCACUGCAACCCUGGUUAUGGUGUUCUUGUGAGAGCAAAUCGGGUCGUAAAAGCGUCUGGUACCGCUAAACGGUUGAGGCAGAAACACAAGCAGAACCUCUCGGGAUCUAGUCCCAAUCUGGCAGCCCUUACAGCGAUGGCCAAAGGAGAAGCUGGAGCACGCAAGGGUGAAAACAGGAAGUCUUGGGUUAGCUGAGGGAAAUGCAUCAUUGUUGAUGGACGUGUACGGAGGACAGUAUUGGUAUGGCACUAAAACACUACACUGAUACUUGCAGGGAUGUAACUGCCACCUGAUUUACUCAAAUCUACACUACAUAGUGCCUUCCUAGUGUUCGAAAAGCCCAUUUUAGAGAUGUAUUUUCAGCCUCGGUAAGCAGUAUUUUUGGUAUUAUUCGUUUUUUUAUGGUUUUAAUAUCACAAAGUGCCCUGUUUAUCUGAACCCAAUGUCAGGGAGUAUGUGCAUGUGGUUGUUCCUUAGAAAAAUCAGGACACUGAUGGAUUCAUUUCAUGAUUUUAUAUACGGUAGGAAGGCGAGAUGGGUUUUACUCAUGGAGAUUAAAAGCUCCAGACUGUUUUAUUCAUAAAGGAUUGUUUUUAGUGUUAUUAUGGUGAGUUAGUUCUGUAUUUUCUCUUGGUUUGGUACCUUUGUAUUAUUAUUCUUUUCUUCUUUUUGCAACGAGUAAUUUAUGAUCAAAUUGUUAUUUGUUUAUUUAUUUUGCAGAUCAAAGUAAUGACAAAAAUGAAUGAUGAAGAUUUUAUAUUGCAAUGGUGAGAGUAAUAAACUUUAUUAUUUUA